UUUGACACUCUUGACAUUUGCGAUUAAGUGACUGCAGCAAAAAUAAAGUGAGAAUAAAAUUGUAAGCGCAUAUUUCUUCAUACGUAAAUACUUUCAAAGUUUAAGAGUCGAAUAGUUGGUGUUUACUGCUUUUACAAGACGAUGAUUUGAACUAAAAAGAGCUGCCAAGUCUGCCCUACGAGUGUUAGUUGCUCGUAAAGGACGAAAAAACAAGAUGGCUGAUCCUGAUCCAGAAACCCUGUUAGAAUGGCUGAACAGUGGGAUAGGCGAGGAGCGAGAUAUGCAGCUCAUCGCUCUAGAACAGUUGUGCAUGCUACUUCUUAUGUCUGAUAAUGUAGAUCGCUGCUUCGAAAGUUGUCCUCCAAGGACAUUCCUUCCGGCACUCAUCCGGAUCUUCCUGGACGACCAGGCGCCAGAGAACGUCUUGGAAGUAACAGCCAGAGCCAUCACCUACUACUUGGACGUGUCCGCAGAAUGCACUCGGCGCAUAGUGUCGAUAGAUGGAGCUGUACGAGCCAUCUGCAACCGUUUGGUUGUCGCCGAACUCAACUCCCGCACCAGCAAAGAUCUUGCCGAGCAGUGCGUCAAGGUGUUAGAAUUGAUUUGCACAAGAGAAGUGGCAGCAGUUUUCGAUGCCGGCGGCCUUGCCGCCGCCCUACCUUUCAUCAGAGAUCACGGUUGCCGCCUCCAUAAGGACACCCUUCACUCGGCCAUGGCCUUGGUGUCCAGACUUUGCACAAAACUGGAACCCACCGAUCCACAGCUCAAUACUUGUGUACAGGCCUUGAGUUCGUUGUUGCAGCAAGAAGAUCAGCAAGUUGCUGAUGGUGCUUUGAGGUGUUUCGCUUCUAUAGCCGAUAGAUUCAGUAGAAGAGGAGUGGAUCCUGCCCCCCUUGCACAAUAUGGUCUCGUCAAUGAACUUCUAUCAAGAUUAUCCAAUGUACCAGGACCAUCGAUGUCAGUAGGCUCCCAAGGUACACCUGGCAAGUUAACAUCCCUGCCAAACCCGUCGCCAGCUACAACAGACAAUAAGGGAACUUCCGCCUCUGUAUCGACCAUAAUCAGUUUACUAUCUACCCUAUGUAGAGGCUCACCCACGAUAACGCACGACUUGUUAAGGUCACAAUUGCCUGAUGCUAUUGAGAAAUCUCUGAAAGGCGAUGAGAGGUGCACCCUAGAUUCCAUGAGGCUCGUCGAUUUGCUUUUAGUCCUAUUGUUCGAAGGAAGAAGCACAAUAGGAAAGUCAGGUUGCUCUUCCUCGUCAGGUCAGCUGAUGCCUAGGAUUAGGAGAAUGGAUUCAGCUGCUGAAAAGUCACACAGACAGCUUAUAGAUUGCAUUAGAUCAAAAGAUACAGAUGCUCUUAUUGAAGCAAUAGAAUCUGGUGGAGUCGAGUCAUUUCAGGUAAACUUUAUGGACGAUGUUGGUCAAACAUUGUUGAACUGGGCCUCCGCUUUUGGCACCCAAGAGAUGGUGGAAUAUUUAUGCGAGAAAGGCGCAGAUGUGAACAAAGGCCAGCGUAGUUCUUCAUUGCACUAUGCCGCAUGUUUCGGUCGGCCUGCAAUUGCUAAGGUUCUCUUGCGUUUCGGAGCCAAUCCAGAUUUGAGAGACGAAGACGGUAAAACACCUUUGGACAAAGCUAGAGAACGAGCAGAUGAAGGUCACAGAGAAGUUGCGGCCAUAUUACAAUCUCCUGGGGAAUGGAUGAUUCCUCUCGAAAAAGAUAAACAGCGAAAAUCCGAAUCAGAUGUGGAGGAAAGUUCUGAGCCAAAGGGAGACCCAGAAAUGGCACCAGUUUACCUAGAGAGACUUCUACCGGUUUUCUGUUUAACUUUUCAGUCAACCAUGUUGGCUUCAGUUCGUAAAGCUAGUCUUGGUCUCAUAAAGAAGAUGAUACAUUACGCUCAGCCCGAUCUAUUGGAAGAUAUGAACUGCUCCUGUGAAGCAAAAAGUAGUUUUACGACACAGCUGGUUGAAGUUAUUGCAACAGUUUUAGAUAAUGAUGAGGAUGAAGAUGGUCAUUUGGUGGUUCUGUCCAUCAUCCAAGAUCUGAUGUCAAAGUCACAAGAACUAUUUUUAGACCACUUUGCUCGUUUAGGAAUAUUCUCCAAAGUUCAGACAUUAGCUGGUCCCAUCGAUUCUCAGGAUACUGACGACAAUAAUCAAAAUAACGAAGAAAACACGGAACAAAAUCAAGUGGACGAUGCUAAAGAAAUUUUACCAGGCAAAGCUUAUCACUGGAAGGAGUGGUCAAUAUGUAGAGGUAGAGAUUGUUUGUAUAUUUGGUCUGAUGCAGCAGCCCUGGAACUAUCGAACGGAUCUAAUGGAUGGUUCAGAUUCAUAUUGGACGGAAAAUUAGCUACAAUGUAUUCAAGUGGAUCACCUGAAGGGGGAGCCGAUACUUCUGGCAAAGGACGAUCCGGAGAUUCUAUGUCUACAGAAGAAAAUCGAGGAGAAUUUCUGGAAAAGCUUCAAAGAGCCAAAGCUGCAGUGAAGAAUACAUCAAAUUCAAUUCCUAUUCUUUCGAAACCUGGCCCAUCGAGAUUGGUUGUGGAAAAUUGGUCACUUACAUGUCGAAAGGAAUCUGAAAUAACAAUUCACAAUUCAGAUGGUCAACAACAAACUACAAUAUUGAGGGAAGAUCUGCCUGGUUUUAUAUUCGAAUCGAACCGUGGUACGAAGCAUUCCUUCACUGCCGAAACAAGUUUAGGUCCUGAGUUCUCUGCUGGAUGGACAAGUAAGAAAGGGAAAAAGUUGAGGUCAAAAACGGAAGCCACGAAGACUAAAGUGAAAUAUUUAGCUUAUCAGAUAUAUGAGCAAUACUUCAGGGUUGCUCAGGCUCAACCAAGGGGCGUGGUAGCUAAACUUGGCAGUAUUGUUGCUCAAAUCGAGAGGGCGUGUCAGAAGCAAUGUUCUUAUGGAAACAAUAAAGAAGGCGGUAAUUCUUGGAAAGAAAUUUUGAGGAAUGCUCUGGAUGAACUGACAAAUAUACUGAAAGAAGAUGGCGUAGUGAGUGCUUAUGAAUUGCAGAGUUCUGGCUUAGUGCAAGCUCUGUUGUCUCUGCUUUCCACAAGUUACUGGGACCAAGGUUUAAAAUCAAGUAAAAUGAACAAAUAUCAGAAACAAAGGAUACAGCUAUUCAAGCAGUCCUUCAAAAACAAAUCCUGUGAUAGCCAUUAUUCAGUCACCAUUCUAGUCCAUAAAUUGAUAUCAGUCUUAGAAAGUAUUGAAAAGUUACCUAUUUAUUUAUAUGACAGUCCGGGUUAUGGACACAGUCUUCAAAUUUUAACUAGAAAAUUAAGGUUUAGGUUAGAGAAAGCACCAGGAGAAAGUUCCCUUAUCGAUAGAUCUGGUAGAGGGUUGAAAAUGGAACCUUUGAGUACUGUUGCUCAGUUGGAAAAAUAUUUAUUGAAAAUGGUUGCGAAACAGUGGUAUGAUUAUGACAGAAACACAUUUCAAUUUCUGAAAAAACUAAAAGACACAAAAUAUCAAAGUUUCAAACAUAGUUUUGAUUUUGAUGAAAAUGGCGUGAUAUACUUUAUUGGCACAAAUGGUAAGACAACAACAGAUUGGGUAAAUCCAGCUCAAUAUGGUUUAGUAACAGUUACAAGUUCUGAUGGUAGGAAUUUACCAUAUGGAAGAGUUGAAGAUAUUCUCUCUAGAGAUAGCUCGGCUUUGAAUUGCCAUACCAAUGAUGAUAAAAGAUCUUGGUUCAGUAUAGAUCUGGGCUUGUAUCUUAUACCAUCAGCAUUUACUUUGAGGCAUGCUAGAGGUUAUGGUAGAUCAGCAUUGAGAAAUUUCUUAUUCCAAAUGUCUAAAGACGGUACAACCUGGACAACCUUAUCCACACAUACUGAUGACAAUUCUCUUAAUGAUCCUGGAUCCACAAACACUUGGCCAAUAACAGAUUUACCUUCUGACGAAUAUCAGGGUUGGAGACAUGUCAGAAUACAACAAGCUGGUAAAAAUGCAUCAGGGCAAACUCAUUAUUUGAGUUUGUCAGGAUUUGAGGUGUAUGGUACAGUUACAAGUGUUUGCGAUGAUUUGGGAAGAGCUAUGAAAGACGCUGAAGCUCAUUUAAGAAAACAAAGAAGAAUAUUAAAGACCCAACUUCUGAAACACGUUAUCGUAGGAGCAAGAGUAAUAAGAGGUAUCGAUUGGAAAUGGAGAGAUCAAGAUGGUAAUCCACCUGGAGAAGGUACUGUGACCGGUGAGAUUCAUAGUGGGUGGAUAGAUGUAACUUGGGAUCAUGGAGGUUCAAAUUCAUACAGGAUGGGAGCAGAAGGAAAAUAUGAUUUGAAACUGGCGCCAGGUUAUGAAGUUGAAGCUUGUUCUUCAAAAGCACCAUCCUCUACAAAAGCAAAAGAUACCAAAGACAAACAGAGUGUGCUCACUAGUAGGAAAAGUAGCUCAACACCAAGCCUGCCAGAGGCGACAGACGUGAAAACAUCAGUAGCUUCUACAGAACAAGCAGCGUCCGCAGACAAUCUAUCAGCGAAGCAAGCUGCAGAAACUAUUGCUGAAAGCUUACUAUCAGUAGCAAGAAAUGAGGCACUGGUGUCCGUCACUUCUGAAUGCCAAGCUGCUAGCAAUAACUCAGAAUUAUCAGUAGUAGUUCAUCCUUUGAGGGAUCCACACCAUGAUCUUUCUACUAUCAAUAAUUCCAGUGAUUUAGCAACUAUCGUUGAAAGUUUAACCCUUAAUGAAACUAAAACUAACAAUUUCAAAAAAUUGCAUCGUCAAUCAUUCGAAGAAAAGUCUACUACUAGUUCAACAGAAUCUCAAAAACAUUCCACAGCGAGUAAUAUAGGAAAAACAUUAAGUAAUAAAUCGAAAAUACCUACACAACUACAGAGUUUCGUAGAUGCACUCGAAAGUGCUAGUGCUAAAGAGAUGGCCGAUGCUCUGAAAAAUAACACUAACAGUUUCCUAUCUGGAGACUUAACACAAACAGCGACAAAUUCAGGCCAGUCGACUAACACGAGUGCUCCAGCUGUCAGGAUAUCCAUAUCGAGUAACUCUGAAACAGAUGACGACAGGUCAGCUUGUAGUCAGAAUUUAGACAAAGAAACUGGAGAACUAACAGACGAAUGCGGACCGGACGAUAAGGAGAUUGAAGUGACGAACAGUAACAACGCUAGGAACAACAGCAACAAUUCGGUUGUGGUGAAUAAUCCUAUGAGUGUUAGCGUACCAAAUCUAACGUCGACUGAGUCUAAUAGCCAAAUGGAGCCAACGUCUACCGCAGGGUUGUUAGAGACAUUUGCUGCUAUGGCUAGGAGAAGGACAUUGGGAUCUGUAUCGACCACCAACUCAAACUCCAGCGGGGCUCAUUCCGGUAACAUAAUGUGCACCAACUCCCAAAACAAUCAGAACACAGGAGGUUCAAUCUUUCCACGUGGACCCAAUUCUGUUUCGAGCCUGGUCAGGCUGGCACUGUCAACGAAUUUCCCUGGCGGUUUACUGAGCACAGCCCAAAGUUAUCCUAGCCUAUCGUCUAGUAACAACACAGCCAAUCAGUCGGGUGGUAUCCCUACCACUGCUGGAGCUGCCAAAGGUUUGAGUCAAGCCUUCACAAUGAGUUUGACAUCUACAAGCAGUGAUAGUGAGCAGGUUUCAUUGGAAGAUUUCUUGGAAUCUUGCCGAGCACCAACGUUGUUGGCUGAAUUGGACGAUGACGAAGAAAUGGGCGAAGAUGACGACAACGAUGAUGAUGAGAAUGAGGAUGAUGCUGACUAUGAAGAAGUUAUGGUGUCAAGAAAUCUAUUGUCGUUUAUGGAAGAAGAUGGCUUCGAGGCCAGACCUUCUAAGAGGAGAUCAUGGGAUGAUGAAUUCGUUCUGAAGAGGCAAUUCUCCGCCUUGAUACCCGCUUUCGAUCCUAGACCAGGAAGGACGAAUGUCAAUCAAACAACAGACUUCGAAAUUCCUCCUCCCGGAAGCGAAGAAAGUGAUUGUUCUAUGGAACAAGACAUUUUGCCACAACCAAAGUUGCAUCUUGUAUUGAGAGGACCAAAUAUGCCAGGUAUUCCUGACAUUGAAGUAGAACUGACUGAUCCCUCUGCCACCAUAUUCAGCACUGUGCAAGAGUUGAUGCAGCUGGCAGAAUUUGGUACCAAGCAAGAGAAGAUUAGAAGAAUAUGGGAGCCUACUUAUACAAUAAUUUACAAGGAGGUGCAGAAUGAUGGACAGGGCACCGAAGAAGAAGGCAGACUAACACCGGUGGUCACAAUAUACAGUAGAAGUGGUUGCAGUUCUGUUGCUGGAACUACAUUAUCACCCAGCACUCCCGUUCCUGGAACACCCUCUAUAUCAAAUUGCACAGUAGAAGAUGUAUUACUCCUAUUAAGACACUUGUAUGUUAUUAUGACCUCGAACAGUCCCAGAAAGAGCAUUCAAGAUCUCAAUCACCUAGAAUCCGAUUGGGACGACACAAUAGAUCAAUUCAACAGCAAAAAAUUGACAAAUAAAUUACAUCAGCAGAUUCAAGACCCUCUAGUACUAUCUAGCUCUAGUUUACCGGCAUGGUGCGAGGAGUUGAACCAGUCAUGUCCGUUCCUGUUUCCAUUCGAAACCAGACAGUUAUAUUUCAAUUGCACUGCCUUUGGAACCUCGAGGAGUAUUGUUUGGCUACAGACACAGAGAGAUGUCAGUCUAGAGAGACAGAGGACACCAGGUUUGUCGCCCAGAAGAGAUGAACAUGAAUUCAGAGUUGGAAGGUUGAAGCAUGACAGAAUAAAAGUUCCUAGAGGUGAAGAUCUCUUCGACUGGGCGUAUCAAGUAAUGAAGACCCACUGCAGUCGAAAAUCAAUACUCGAAAUAGAAUUCACAGGAGAAGAAGGAACAGGAUUGGGUCCAACCCUCGAAUUUUAUGCCUUAGUAGCUGCCGAACUACAAAGGAGAGAUCUGGCAAUGUGGAUAUCCGACGACGAAACCAUAAACUCCCAAGAAGCAGUUGACUUGGGAGAGGGAAUAAAACCACCCGGUUAUUAUGUCAGACGACCUUCGGGUCUAUUCCCGGCACCUCUCCCUCAGAAUUCUGAAAUUUGUGAUAAGGCGACCAGGAACUUUUGGUUCUUAGGCGUGUUCCUCGCUAAAGUACUGCAAGACAAUCGGCUGGUCGAUCUGCCGUUAUCUCAGAAUUUCCUGAAACUGAUGUGUCAUGGGGAAAUUUUGAACACUGUAAAUGAAAGGAUAGGUUUUGCUGGUUCGAAAAAAGUGAUAGAGGAAGACAUUAUGACGUCUAGUUUAAUAUCUGAAGAAAGUGAAAAAGAGCUCGAACUAGAUCCUCCAAAACCGACAGUCGAGGAAAAGAAACCGUGGUAUAAUAACAUUUUGGACGAGGAAGAUUUAUAUGACAUCGAUCCGAUCAGAGCUACAUUCAUGAAACAAUUACGUGAUCUCAUCAAACAGAAACAGAAAAUCAUACAGGAUAUCAACCUCUCACCAGAAAUGAAGUCCCAUCAAAUUCAAAACCUAUGCCUCAAUCAUUCCUCCGGGCCUGUUCUUCUUGAAGACUUGGCCUUGACAUUUACCUACUCGCCCAGCUCUAGUGUGUUUGGAUAUUCCUCUGUCGAAUUAGUUCCCAGUGGUGCAGAUAUAGAAGUUAACAUUGAGAAUAUUGAAGAAUAUGUUGAGUUAACCACUUCAUUUUGCAUAGAAAAAGGUAUUGCUCGACAACUGGAAGCUUUCAAACAUGGCUUCACGAACGUUUUUCCAAUGGAAAAAUUAGCAGCUUUCAACCCUAAUGAGUUAAGAAUAAUGUUAUGCGGUGAUCAGAACCCUGAAUGGUCUCGGGAGGACUUGCUUAAUUACACAGAACCUAAAUUAGGAUAUACUAAAGAUAGUCCUGGUUUCCUGAGGUUUGUAAAUGUGUUGGUUGAGAUGUCAGCUGAAGAAAGAAAAGCCUUCCUUCAGUUCACGACAGGCUGCAGUUCUCUGCCACCUGGUGGUUUAGCUAAUUUAUAUCCUCGAUUGACGAUAGUACGUAAAGUUGAUGCUGGAGAAGGAUCAUACCCAUCUGUUAAUACCUGUGUCCAUUAUUUGAAGCUACCUGACUAUCCAACGGAGGACAUACUGAGACAGAGACUUUUAGCAGCUACUAAAGAAAAAGGAUUUCACUUGAAUUAAGCAAACAACACCUUAAUAAACUGUACCUUUCAAAAAUUAAUGUUUAAUCUUACUUAGGAUAAAGUAUAAAACGAUUUCAAAGGAAUUAUUUGAAAGGUUUUCAAUUUGUAUUUCUAACGAUUGUAACUUUUUUCUAGGUAAAUUUUUAGGUGUACGAUUUAGGUGUGUACACUCCGUUUGUAUUAUUCACAGCAGGCUGUUUUAAACAGAUAAAUUAGGGAAAUCUUAUUAGUAAUAAAGGUGAUUAUACUAACUAUGACCAAAUUUAUUAUUUAUAAGAAGUGAUGUUGAAAUGUGAUUUAUUCUGCAAUAUCAAGGAAAACUGAAAAUGAAUAUUAUUUAAUAAUGUACUUGGGUAAUUGCGGUUUGCUCUAUUUAGUUCUUUUCUUUCCUGCUUCAAAACAAUUAUGUGUAGAAAAAAUAAUGUCUUUACGUAUAGAUGUUGAAAAUACGGUAAUGUUAGCCCAAAUAAAUAAAUCUAUAAUAUAUUCA